UGUCAGUUUUAACCUCAAAUUUUUUGUCGGCUUAUUUACAUAAUUUUUUUGCUUUAAAAAUGGUAAAAGAGUCAAGUAGUUUGAAAAAGAAGCGCAAAAGUGGCACUAGUGCCGAUAAUGAGGCCGAAAUUGACAUUUAUAAGAAAUCGGUCGAAUUUGAGGAGAAAGAGGCCUUAAAUCGGCCUAACGAUACUGACGCUCAAAUUUACUUCACAACUUGUAAAGAAAUUCGGCAAUUAUUUGGCGAAAUAAGUGAAUUAAAAAUGAAGAGUGGGUCAGACGUAAGGCCUAAAAUAAUAGAAAAAACCACCGAAGUGUGUUUAUUAUUGGUACUUUUGAAAAAACUGAACCGUAUGGAAAAAGUCAGAUUGGUAUUUCCUAAAGAGGAAUUGGCGGCGGAGAAACAAAAAGUGGACAGUAUUAAUUUACAAUAUCAGAAUUUGUUGUACGAGGCCAACCACUUAAUGUCGGAAUACCGCAAAUGCUUCCAAUUCAAGUCGAAAGACGAGCACAUUGAGCUGGUCCCCGUUGAGGAAUUCUUCGCCGAAGCCCCGGAAAACUUGACGAAAAAAUUCACUAAAUUUGACGAAAAUGACGAAUUGGUGAAACACGAACUGCGCCUCGCGCGUCUCGAAUGGGAGCUCCAACAGCGCAUCCACUUGGCCGACAUGUGCAAGAAACUCGAAGAAGAGAAGAAGAAACUAGAGGCUGAUAUCGGCGAACGCCGCAAUAAAUUGGACAAAUUGGGGCCUCUUCUGUCUUCAGUCAUGGAGGCCACUAAACCGGUCCAGGAGCACUUGGGGCUGCACAUUGAUAAAAUCCAAGCUGAACACAAACUUGCCUCGCUUUUACCCAACCCCCUGUACCUGUUUUAUGCCAAUAUUGACGCCUACAGACAGGUGAAUGACUCGAGGAUGAGUGUCGAAAUCGUGGGGGACCAAGAGGAGGCGAGCCAAUGGAAGGAAUUGGAGUUGGCUGAGGACGAUGAUGAGGAGGACGAAGACAACGAAGCGGAAAUAGAGACACAAGAAGUGGAGGAAAUCGUCGAGACGAAGAAACGCCGUCACCGGAAGUCCGUCCAUAUUGACCCACUUGAGGAAAAAAAACGGAAGUUGUUACAAGUACACCCCCUUUCAGUCCAAGUCACCGUCACGACCAAAGACGGCCCCUCAAUCAAAAUCCGACUCAGCUAUUACCCAAAGUUAGAAAUCGUCACUGUAUCAUCAAGUGUCGACAUUCCUAGCAACAUUACAGGAAAUGCCGCUCGUGAGGUUUUAUCAAACGAAAGUGUCCUUGUCGAGCUCGUCGGGGGCGAUUUCGGGCUCGACAGCCCCAAUCCUUGUACCCCUUACCAGUUGAAAAAAGUGGGUUUGGGGUCAUUCCAAAGUCUCGUCCCUGACCUAGGUUAUGUCUACACUUGGGCGCAAAAAAUGUGCGGAAUUGAUUUUUUGAAUAAAAUGACCGGUUCGGAUCAUUUAAGCCAAACUAAUGUCGAGUCGGUUAUGAAAACCAUCAAAAAACGCCUCAAAUCGCGGUAUGCCUUGGCGAAACAGUUGGAGGAGUUGGAGCGGAGUGUGAUUCCUGUUUUACCGGCUAGUGUGGAUUUGCCACGGACCACGAUUUCGAGUCUUACGAAGUGGUCCUCAGGGACUUAUCAGGGUUUUUGUGAGGCUCAAUUCACGGAAGGUUUAUUAGAAGCAGAGUUAAUUUCGCCGAACGAUAUUUUUUAUAAAGCGACGAUAACGCGAGAUAAUGCUAAUUUGCAAGCUUUUGUUGUUAUUAAAAACGACUAUCCUUCAAUCCCACCGAUUUUUUCACUUUGUUUAAAUUAUAAUGGGACUAGGCAUUCGCAAAACGACGAUAAUAUUCGGGACAUGGAACGGUCGAUUAAUGUUGAUUGGAAUCAUGAAUUCUCGAACGCAAAUUGGCUUUUGUCGGCACAAAUCAUGUCAUUGUGUGUCGGACUCGACAUUUAUUUGGAAACGGAGGAUCCUGGGACGUUUCAACAGAACACCAUGUAUAUCAAAUCGACUUGCGCUAGGAAUAGGAGAAAGCCGUUUAAGUUCAGGAAUAUUGGGGUUGGAGUCUACACGCAAUAAAUUCUGUAUUGAGUUUUGACAAAUAAAUGAGUUUUUGAAGCCUGUUGUGUUUUAGUCAAGU